CUCAAGCAAAAAGAGAACUAAACAACAUGAGAUGACUGCUCACCAUCCACCAUAACAAUGGCCACAGACACACAACCAACAACUUCCCAACUCUUCCUCACCUUCCUCCGCAUCAGCUAUCCCAUCUUCCUUCUCAUCGUCUUCUUCCUGUCCUUCAUCUCCCACUCCAUCCUAGCCGCAAAAUCGACACCCGGAAAUGUCAGCAACACCAAGCUCGGGCCAGGCGGGAAGCCGCUCCCGAAUCGACUCCGAAGCACGAUGAACGAGAUCCGCGAAGCGCAGAAGAAUGUUUCCCCGAAGAUGAAGAUGGUGUUUGCGGGGUUGGAUUUGUGUUUUCUGGCAACGUAUGUCGUGGACGGCGUGGUUCAUGUUUCGCAUACGUUGGCGGAGAAGGGGGAGAGGUGGUGGUGUGGGCAGGCUGUUGUGAUUUAUGUGGUUGGAUCGUUCUUUUCGCAUGCGGUCGUGUUGAUUGCAUUGCUUGAGACGAGUCCCUCGCCGACGUUUGCGCAGUUUAUAUCGUGGUUAUCGGCGGUGCCGUUCGAGGUGAUGAUCCUGUUCAGUACGAUCUCGAUGUAUACCGGUGUGCAUGAGGAACCUGUUGUCGGGAAUCCAUACGGAGGCGGACCUAUACGGGAAGGCAUGACGAAAUGGGAGUUGAUGGAGGUUGGCUUGGGAUGUAUUCGUCUUGUGCUGCUUGGUUUGAUGGUGGGCUUGUACAUGGUCAGGUUUGUGCACAAGCCCAGUCCGUAUGAAUAUGUUGAAUUGGGAAGUUCGAGGGAGUCAGCUGGACUACUGGAAUCGAAAGAAGAAGAACCACCGGAGCCAUGGACACGACCGACGAAGACGCCCGAGACAAGCUGGUGGGAGUAUUGCAGCAGUUACUCUGUCUUUUUUCCAUAUCUCUGGCCGUCGAAAUCGCGUCGACUGCAGAUUGUGGUCGUGAUAUGCUUUGUCCUUCUGGUAUUGCAACGCAUCGUCAACGUCCUGGUUCCAUAUCAGGUCGGCCUCAUCACUGACAGUCUAUCCUUUGAGAAUGGCGAGAUUCAAAUCCCCUGGCUGCAGAUCUGUCUGUACAUCUUCUACCGCUGGCUGCAAGGAAGCACCGGCCUCCUGGACUCCAUCCGCUCCAGUCUCUGGAUCUCCAUCAGCCAGUACUCAUACAUGGAGCUAUCAACAGCUGCAUUCCAGCAUGUGCACAGUCUCGGUCUGGACUUUCAUCUGGGCAAGAAGAUGGGCGAGGUAUUAUCUGCAUUGACGAAGGGCAAUUCGAUCAAUACGUUUCUCGAGCAGGUGACGUUUCAGGUUCUGCCGAUGAUAUUCGACAUGGGAAUUGCGGUGGGGUACUUUUUGAUUGCAUUUGAUGCGUAUUAUGCGCUUGUUGUUGCGGUGGUGACGUUUAGUUAUCUGUAUGUGACGGUGAGAGUUGCGCAGUGGAGGGCGCAGAUGAGGAGGCAGAUGGUGAAUGCAUCGAGGCAGGAGGAUGCCAUCAAGAAUGACUCUCUGUCGUCCUACGAAACUGUCAAGUACUUCAACGCGGAAGACUUUGAAUUCAACCGGUAUGAACAGACAGUGGCCAACUUCCAGCACGCCGAAUGGCACAGUCUCUUCUCGCAGAACAUCAUGAAUAUCUCCCAGAAUACCGUCUUUAUGCUGGGCUUGAUGAUUACCUGCUUCAUUGCUGCAUAUCAAGUGUCUAUCGGACAGCGUCCCGUCGGCCAGUUCGUCACUCUCCUCACAUACAUGGCCCAGCUGCAAAGCCCUCUCACCUUCUUCGGGACCUUCUAUCGCUACAUCCAAUCCGCCAUGAUCAACGCAGAGCGUCUCCUCGAACUCUUCCGACAACACCCCUCCAUCACAGACGCACCAUCCGCACAGCCCAUCUCCACCUGUGCCGGCGACAUCAAAUUCCAAAACGUCACCUUCUCCUACAACAGCAAACCCGCCCUGACAAACCUCAACUUCCACUGCAAACCAGGCACGACAACCGCCCUCGUCGGCGAGUCCGGCGGCGGCAAAUCCACCAUCUUCCGGCUUCUCUUCCGCUUCUACGGCGGAGACGGGAAUAUUCUCAUCGACGGUAAGAAUGUAGACGAUAUCACCAUCAACUCACUUCGACAGCACAUUGGCAUCGUCCCGCAGGCCACCGUCCUCUUCAACGAAACACUCAUGUAUAACCUCAAAUACGCAAACCAGUCCGCCACAGACGAAGACGUCUACCGCGCCUGCGAAGCAGCCAGCAUCCACGAGAAAAUCAUGGCGUUCCCAGAAGGCUACAACACCAAAGUCGGCGAUAGGGGACUACGACUCAGUGGAGGCGAAAAACAACGUAUAGCCAUCGCACAGACAAUCCUUAAAAACCCACGCAUUAUCCUCCUCGACGAGGCCACCGCCGCACUGGACUCCGAAACAGAACAACACAUCCAAGAAGCGCUGGCUACGUUGUCCGAAGGGAGGACGGUGUUGAUCAUCGCGCAUCGGCUGAGCACGAUUACGACGGCUGAUAAUAUCCUCGUCUUGAAUGAGGGACAGAUUAUGGAGAGUGGGACGCAUCAUGAGCUGUUGGCUAAGAAGGGGAGGUAUACGAGUAUGUGGCAGAAGCAGAUACGCGCGCAGAGGGAAGCGGAGAGUAAAUCAUCAUGAUAGAUUGUUAGACUUGGUAAUAGACUUAUUUCAUCACUAAGAGUAAGAUAAUCAAGGAAUCACUCCAAGG